GGUCUGCGGAGGAGAAGACUCAGUGUCUCAGAAGUUUGACUGUAAAUAUGUAUAUUUAACUUUGUACAGACAAUGUACUUACCUUGUAUAGAAAAAUAAUUUAAACGCAUUGAGUGAAGGGAGAAAAAGAAAGGCAGUUGUCAGAGGUUGGGAUUUUAUUCCACUUUUAUUUAAACGAUGGAAUUCCGUGUGUGUUCAUAUAAAGAGUUUUAGCACAAAAUAUCCACCAUGAAAGAGUUUCAGAUAUGACACAAAGCACCACUGUCUCUUUUCAAUAGGAGAUACCAUUAAUCCUGCAUCUUAUUUAUGUUUUUUUUCUGCUUUGGUUGUUUCUUCCAGUUAUUCGCAGCAAUACGUAGGCCUGUUGCUAGGAUUGGAUAGCACCAAAUUAAUCUCUCCAGCAAAGUAACACAAUAAUACUGACUGUAUAUAACCUACUCAUUUAAAGGUUUAUUUUCUGUUCUCGCUCUUGCCAUUGUAAGUUACACACACACACACACACACACACACACAGAUCACAACUUAUUUUUGUGUUGAUUUUUUUUUCCUUAUUGCAGUGGAUUACUAUUUGGCAAUUAAUAAAUGGAAGUAUUGAAUUACUGUUGUGUUUGUUGUACACAUUAUUAAAUAAAGCCUGUUCCUGCUAUUCCUGUAGCAAUGCACGUUUGUACCAGUGCUCUCUGUGGCUCUCAGUGGCUGUGGCCAUUCUGAGCUGUAGACAUCUGCCAUCCUGUGCUUCCAGAUCCUGCUCUCACCUUGGCUUUACCUCACCAGGGCUCUCUUAUAAGCCAGGCAGACUGUGGCUCUUCCUUGAAGAAAAUAAGGUGUAAAUGCAGAGGAAAAAAGGAUUUUACACCCAGAUCCCUCAAUAACAUGAGGUCAGGGUGCAGAACUGGCAGCUCAGUAGCACACCUGAGCCCACUGUUUUGCAAAGGUAAAACGAUGCAGAAACUUCAUAGUGUUCAGAUCCUUCUCUGCCCCUGUGCCUAUGGAAGUUAUAGGUGCCUUUGCCAGUGGUUUUACCCCCUGGCCCUCUCUUAGGUUGACAGGUGGCAGCUGUGUCCUCUGCGUUCAGUUAUUGACCUCUGGUGCCCAUUGCUGCCCUUGUGGUAGUUCUGUAGUAUGAAGGGGACUCGAAGCCCAAAAGUCAAUAACUGGCAUCUUUAAUGGGGUGAUUGCUCUCCAGGAUAUUAACUCCCUGUGAAUGCUUGUCCUCCAGCCUCAUCCUACUGCCCUGGUUUUGUGUGCAGCCUAAACCUGACGUGUGCUGUGCUUGGUUGCUCAGGGAAGCAGGGCUGGGAGACUCACACCCACGCAGACCCCACCAAAGGAUGGUGUCACACUGCAGCCCCUCAGGUUGCCAAAUAGUUGCACUCUACCCAGGCAGCUCUGACCACAACACUAACUGAAGGCAAAGUUGUAGUGCACAUACCACAGCUCCCAGCCCUCUGAUAGAACAGCUGGCUGGGACUUCUGGGUUGCGUCUCACAGAAACGACCCAUCCCUGCAGAGCAGAGUGAAGGAAGGCUGUUCUCAGCAGGGCUGGGAAUAUCUUUCAGUUUUGUAGGCUACCAUGCAGAAAAAGCAGAAGUGCAGCUGCCCAUCACUGUGCUGCAGCUCCCACCAUCCCAGCCCUUGCUUUGCUGUGCCUGGGGUGGGCAAGCAACCUGGCUGUAACAGUUUGCCCUCCUCACUACACCUCCGUGAGGGCAUGGCUGGGACUCUGUGGGGAAACCACUGCCGCAGGUGGGAGAGAGGGCCCCAAGUCGCCAGCUCCCAUUUGUGACCUGCACAAAGGACUUAAUCCUUAGAGCACCCCACCGUGCUCUGUGGUAUUAAGCUGGCCCCAGUGAAGAGAGCAGGCAGAAAGCUCCAUCGUUUGCUGAGAGGGAAACGAUAUCCUGGUUUGUUUGCAGCAGCUGUCUUCAGCAAGACAUAAAAGAGCUGAGGGGGAGUACACCUGUGUUCCUGGGCACAAGGAGACAUCUACAGCCGCUGAAAGGCUUCCAGAUCUCUGUAUUUACUGGUGUCCCCCUCCAUCCCAAUCUACUUGAGAGACAUGGAAUCACUGGAGAGAGUUCAGUGAAGGCUACAGAGGUGACCAGGGACUGGAGCACGUCUUGUGAGAAGAGGCUGAAGGUCUGCUGGGCAUGGGGAAGGCUGAGGGGGUGUGAGUGAUUCACAUGGCUGAAGGGCAGGUGUUCACAGAAAGGGGACAGACCCUUCUCAGCUGUGCCCAGCAGCGAAAUAAGCAGCACCUGUGUGAUCUACCUCAGCCUCGCUACUGGCUGGUAGGAAGAAUGCUUUCUUUGGCUGCUGAAAAAAGCAGAAUUUUGCGAUGACGAAUCAGAGAUAAAUUGGGGAGAAGGUGAUCUUCUCCCCAGGGCGCACCCGCACACAGCAGCUCCCAGUGGUCCUGUAGGGUCAUCUCUCCUCAUCGCUACUGUUGGCUUCUGCAUGAACAGCCGCGCUGCCCGAAGCUGUGCCCCGGUGGUGCCGCCCCGCUGUACGGGACCGUCUGUGCUGUGCUCGGAGGGCAGCGCUUCUACAGCCCGAAACCGCCCGGCAACGUGCUCAGCCCUGCAAAAUGCGGUAACUCCAGGUAGCAAAGCUGCAAUAGCCAACCUGUGUAUAGGAGACCAGAUCAUAGCCAUUGAUGGAGUGAACACAGAUAACAUGACGCACCUUGAGGCGCAGAACAAAAUCAAGAGCUGUGCAGAUGAGCUCACCCUGACGGUCAGCAGAACGGAGUCAAAAGUCUGGUCACCGCUUGUAAAUGAAGAGGGAAAAGCGCAUCCUUACAAGAUGAAUCUGGCCUCCCAACCCCAGCAGAGACCGACGCAGUUUCCACGUGCAUUCAGCAUGACGUGCCAGCCUGCUGGUCUGAACAGCCGCCUCUCGCCGAUGAGCGCACAGCAGGCUCCCUUUGCCUCAGUCUAUAACCCGCUGCAGUCGCCCAGUGUGGAGGCACGGGGCAGGCACAGCCCUGGUGCCCUGUCCAGCCAGGUCCGUGUGGGGCCAGAGCAACUGAAGCACGCGGCCCAGGCCUGCCCUAAGAGCCCUGUGGAGGUGGAGGUGCCAGGACUGAAGGUGCUGCACGUGCAGUUCAAUUCUCCCCUGCAGCUCUAUUCGCAGAGCAACAUCAUGGAUUCCCUGCAGGGGCAGAUCUCCUCCAUCAGCCCUGAUUUCCCCAGUUUAGAUCAGCACAGCCAUCCCUCAGGCAGCAUUGCCAUAGACAGAGACUCUGAGGUUUACAAGAUGCUCCAGGAGAACCAAGAGUCACACGAGCCACCCAGGCAGUCUGCUUCCUUCCUAGUGCUGCAGGAGAUCUUGGAGUCAGAGGAGAAAGGAGAUCCCAGCAAACCAUCUGGAUUUAGGAGCGUCAAGGCUCCCACCACAAAGGUGGCUGCAUCGAUUGGGAAUGCCCAGAAGCUGCCCAUGUGUGACAAGUGUGGAUCUGGCAUUGUAGGGGUGUUUGUGAAGAUUCGGGACAAGCAGCGUCACCCUGAGUGCUACGUGUGCAGUGACUGCGGCACCAACCUCAAGCAGAAAGGACAUUUCUUCGUGGAAGAUCAAAUCUACUGCGAGAAGCACGCGCGGGAGCGGGUGGUGCCCCCGGAAGGCUACGAGGUGGUCACCGUGUUCCCCAAGUAGCCUGUGCUGCAGUGGGGGCAGCGUGGAUGGGUUCUCUUCUGCUGCUCUUGGACAACUUUCCCUUGCCGAAUCUCCUUUGCAAUAAGGAAUGCUAGGCAUGGCUUUGAAUUUCCUUGCCACAUGAAUCUUCUGUCUGUUCACACAACGUGUUGCUAAUCAGUCAACAUUCUUUUUGUCUUUUCUUUCACUGUUGUUUUUCUCUUUUUAAUACACAGAUUAUUAUUUUUUUUCCCUUCUCCUCUGUGCUGCCAAUCGCACAGGAAAGUCAGAGGCCAAAGUCAGAUCACAGCUCACCUGUAUCCCAGUUGUUUGCCUUCAGCUCACGUUCAAUAAAUGGGGUGACUCCAA